AGUCUGAUGCGAGCUAUAGUCACGUGACCGAGUCAGUCGUCGCUUCUCGGCUUCGCUCCCUCGCCUCUUCCGUUUUUGCGUCGCGAAAGCACAUGUCACAGCGGUUUUGUGAUAGCCGGUGCGAACGGGAGCCAGCCGGCGGUGUUACCGAAUUGCGGCACUCCAGCGAGAACGCCGUGCAGUAUUUUAGUGCUUACCUACAGUGUGAUUGAAAGUGCGGUGUCCAUGCCUCACUGGUGAAGCGGAGCGACUGAAGUGACACCGUUUGCACGAGGUGAGAACAAGGCGGGGGCAUGGUCCGGCGAAGCAAGGUCCACCCCGCGAUCUUGAUUGCGCUGCCGUUCCUGGCCACCCUGCUGCUGAUGACGUCACCGCCUUGGGGCCUGCUGGCGGGUCGUGGUAGCGGCCAGGUGCCCGCGGAGUUCCUGAGGCACCGUUACUGGAACUACGACCCGGAGGUCCAGGAGCCCAGAGAUCCGCGCCAGAGUUGUUCGCUGCCCGCUCUGCAUCCGUUCCAUCCGGCUGUGUGGCCGUACCUUAACCCUGUCACACCCGUCGUCUGCAAGGUUCGGCAACCCUGGCUGACGUUCAUCGAUUCCUCCGGCAACCUCCGGUUCAACACCUCAUCGGGCUAUUCGCUCUCGAACCUCCACUGCAGCUACAAAUCCGUCCAGCGGGUCACCGACAACAAGAUAACGUACAGCGACGCGAUACCUUUCACCGAAGACAAAGUACCCCUAAGCGACGACGUCAUCACCAUCAGUUGCAGCAACGUGCUGAAGUGGCCAGUCUACAGCAAUAUUCACGCCGUGGUGGCACGACGCGGCUCUCCCGUACGCGACGAAGUGACGACAGCCAACAGGCGGGAACGAAGACCAAGGCGCAGCUCGAGGUCCCGAGGUACAAGACGUGUUAGUGUUGGACCGCUUCUAAGCCGGGGAAAGCCGAAGCAGGCGCCGCCAAACGUUCUGAUCUUCGGCUUGGACUCAGUCUCGAGACUGUCCAUGAUGCGGUUCCUUCCCAAGACCUACGACUAUCUGAUCUCUCAGCUGAACGCCGUCGUCUUCCGGGGUAUGAACAAGGUCGGGGAUAACACCUUCCCGAACCUGCUGGCACUACUAACGGGCAGACGAGUCGAAGACGUCGUAAAGCCCGGACAGAAAGACAAGCUCUACGACGAGGUCCACAUCGUGUGGAAGGACUUCCAGAAGGCCGGUUACGAGACGCUCUUCGCCGAGGACUUCCCUGCCUACGCCCUGUUCAACUACCUCGCCCGCGGAUUCACGGAACCCCCGACGGACUACUACCUGCGUCCUUUCUGGCUCGCCGUGUACGAGUCCUUCUUGCUCAUGUCCAGCUCGGCGCUGUGCUUGGGAAACACGCCGAAGCACAUGUUGCAGCUGGACUACCUCAGACGUUACUUCGACGGCCGCCGCAACGCUAGCGACGCUAGCGACAAGCCUUUCUUCGCUUUCUCCUACCUGGUCGAGAUCAGUCACGACUUCUCGCAGCAAGUCGGAGCCGCUGACGACGACUUCGUUGAGUUCCUAGAGUAUCUAGGCUCCAACGGCCAUCUGAAAAACACGUUUCUGUUCUUCCUCUCAGACCACGGACAUCGCUUCGAUUCAAUUCGAUCGACCUUCGUGGGUCGGAUCGAAGAGCGUUUGCCCUUCUUCGCCCUCGCGAUUCCGGACGAAACGGAUUGGCUCGAUUCGCGAGGUCCCGGUGUCGCAUCCAAGUCGACGGCGAUGGCGCGCCUGAACGCUUCCCAGGUCGCAUCCAACCUCGAGUCUAACGCGGGUCGACUGACGACACCCUUUGACACGUACACCACGCUUAGAGACAUAGCGUCGUUCGCAAGCGGUGGUUCGGCGACCUCUAGGAAAGACGACUCGCGUUACGGCGUAAGCUUAUUCGGCGAGGUCUCGCGAGAUAGAACUUGCGAGAGGGCUGGCGUCCCUUCCGAGUACUGCUCCUGCGGCUCGGAGGUUCCCGUCGAGCUGAACAACCCGGUCGUCUUGAAGGCGGCCACGGCGCUCGUGGAGAAGGUAAACGACCUCUUGAACUCGGACCAGCUGGACGAACCCUUCGUGAGCAGCAGGCGAUGCGCCAGGCUUAGCCUGCGUCGCGUCCACGAUGCCCAGGAACUGUUCGUCGUCGACGACGUCAAGGAGACCGCCGACGGCACGCGACGCCUCAGGGUCACCGUCGAGGUUCUUCCCAGUGCGGCCAUGCUUGAAGGCCUGAUGCUUGUCAACGGGGACGAGCAAUUUGACGUCUUCGGCGACAUCAGUCGCAUCAAUAAGUACGGCAAUCAGUCUCACUGCAUCCGUCACGCCGUCUUGCGGAAGUACUGUUACUGCCUAGCGGAAACUCCCGUGGAUGACGGAACUUCGGGGGACUACGAGGAACACACACUGCCAACCGUCACGUAGAAGAGUGACGAACAGGGUAUUCUCGUUGAAGACGGAGUUACACGUACGAAGUGCAUGACCGAGGCAAGUCAUGACGUUUCGUUUUCGUCCGGGUACAAGACUGUACCCGGGAUGUUUUCGGUGAUGUGAGCAUACGCAGCUGAAAACUGCGACUCACGAGAAGCAACUCAACCGUUUGUGUACUUCUGUGAAGGCUGUCGCAAGGUGUGACGACAGGUCUUAACUUAAGUUGCCAACUCUAACAUGGAGUUACUUACUUAAAUCGAGACGACAACUUUGUAUGUUAUUUUUGAUGACACGAAUCUCAUUUGCGAUGUUGGCGAACGAUACAUGAGCGACGCUUUGCUUGCGUGAAAACGUAGCUCGUUUCGUUAUACUAGCGGAGCAACACACAUUACUGAAGACUGUGUGACAAUAUAACGAAGUCCAACUAAGGACUCUGGCUCAAAGCAAGAGGCCGUAAUCAGUAUAUGUUUCGAUUAUCAUACGAAAUGUUCUGUCCGAUACGAAAAGGUUAAAUCAUUGUGACAUAUAGCUAGCGCUUUCAUCCACAGCCCACUGCCCAGCGGUAGUCGACCGUGUAACGCAAUGUUCAGUUCGAACAGAUCGAUCAAAUAUGCCUGAGUUUAAUUAUGUGCUUUUGCGCGUGAAUCUUACCAGCGCUGGACUGAUUUGUCGAGGCAGGAGCUCUCACCUCAUACUUUUUGCGAAAAGCGCCCUCGCAGACCAAGGCCGAGGCGAGCUGCUGCAAUUGGUUGUGUGAUAUCACGUGGGCUGGGACGUACUCGUCAGUGGUUUGUACUGUGCGUUCUAGCACAUUUUAAAAAUGGUUGCGAGAACAUUGACUCUACAUCGGUCACACUUUUUUUUUCCUGAACAGUUGUGAUAGUUGUGUCGUGAACGCUGCCAUGUUUGUGUUAUUUAAUAUGACGCGACGUCUGUUUGUUUGGCGACAGUGUUCGGACGGCACUGUAAGACAGGUUCCGAAAUAAAUUGAC